AUGCUUAUUCCCGCAGUUAAAACACUGAUCUGCUGGGAUGCUGUCGAGAAAUAUUUUCUAAUUAAACAGCCAAGAAUUAUGUCAAAAGAGAAGAAAGAAGCAUCACUGAAAAAUAACGAACGGUACAAGAGAAUGUGUCAAGAUUAAAAAUCCAGAGAUAUUUGUACAGUUGCACUUUCUUCAAAAUUUAGAAUAAGUAUUCCAUCCUUUCCUUACCCUUUUCCAGAAGGAGCAACCACUUAUCCACAUCCUGUACCACAAGCUGUUGGAGCUUUUGUGCACCAUCAUGUUUCAUUUCCUUAAGCCUGAUGUUGUUGGAGAGAAUACAGGGGAAAAGCUUGUGGCAGUGGAGUUGAUUAAUUGAUCGUCUUCCUAUUGGUAGAGGAAUUGUAAAAGAUCCCUCUUGUUUGAAUCCACUUCUGCAAAAAGAGCCCCAAGGAAUGCAGGCAGUGCAACAAACCACAAGAAAACUUCCUCAAAUCAUCACAGAGGAGUUGCCUUUGCCCACUGACGAAUGGAGAGUGUACCAGGCACAGGAUAUACCUGAAAACUGGUAUAUAUUAGGAUGCAAAGAGGAUGGAACAGAGUAUGAGAGUAGACCACUAUUGGCAGAAAUUUCUUCACCAAAAGAACAUUACAGGAUCACCGCGCUACAAAAUUCUUGCAAAGCUAGUGAAGGCAGGUCGUUACCUUUCCCAUGGUAGCGCGGAGGUUGAGAUGAGCCUAUCUGAGAACAAGAAGGUGGUAACUAAUGAGCGUAGCCUCCGUCAAAGCACUACGAAUUACAAAAGAUGUCAGAGUGACAGUGUCAGGCCAAGCCCACAUGAUGCCCAUCACCCCUGAUGCAGGCACGCCGAAAUGCUAGUAGCAUUUACACUACACGUCUAGCAGAAGAAAAAAAGUUGACAAAAAAGAGGCAAAAAAGAAGACCCUUGAAGAGAAAGACAGCAGUAUUGUGCAGGAGCAAUUGCAGGAAGAAGAAGAGCUACAGAAUGCAGAAUCCCUCUGCUCUGAAGCAAGCACCAGGCUACAAAAUGCCAUCAAAGAAAGAGACAUGAAUGAAAUGUUGGUAGUUCAAGGCCUCAUGGAUGUCGCUAGUAAAAAGAUGGAAUCAGCCAGACGAAAAUUGGAGAACUGUUGA